AUGAGUGCCCAAUUGAUUGACGGUAAGGCUAUUGCCUUGCAGUUGCGCACACUGAUUCACGCCGAGAUCGACGAGAUCCAGGCAAAGCACAAGGAUUUCAAGCCAAACUUGACCAUCAUCCAGGUUGGCGACCGUCCUGAUUCUUCCACCUAUGUGAAGAUGAAGUUGAAGGCUGCUGAGGAGGCUGCCAUUGACUGUCACUUGAUCAAAUUGCCUGAGACCAUCACCGAGUUCGAGUUGUUGUCAGAAAUCCACAAGUUGAAUGACGAUAUCGCCGUGGACGGUAUUUUGGUCCAGUUGCCAAUUCCUGAACACUUGGACGAGACCAAGAUCACUUCUGCUGUGGACGCCUCCAAAGAUGUGGAUGGUUUCGGACCUCACGCUGUUGGUGAGUUGUCCAAGAAGGGCGGAAACCCCACCUUCUUGCCAUGUACUCCAAAGGGUAUCAUGCAAUUGCUCGAGAACGCCAACGUGACUAUUCAGGGCAAGUCUGCAGUUGUUUUGGGCAGAUCCGACAUUGUUGGCCGCCCAAUUGCCAACUUGUUGAGUAGAGCUAACGCCACCGUUACUGUUUUGCACUCCAGAACUCCUCAGGACCAGGUUGAGUUGUUCUUGGGCAACGCCGAUAUUGUCGUGGUGGCCAUUGGAAAGGCAAACUAUGUCAAGGGUGAGUGGUUGAAGAAGGGUGCUGUAGUGAUCGAUGUUGGUGCCAACUUCAUCGAAGAUGCCUCCAAGAAGUCCGGUUCCAGAAUGGUUGGUGACGUUGACUUUGAGUCUGCUUUGCCUGUGGCCUCUUUGAUCACUCCAGUUCCAGGCGGAGUGGGCCCAAUGACUGUGGCCAACCUCUUGGAUAACGUGAUUAUUGCUGCCAAGAACCACUACAAGAAGAACAACCAAACUCCUCAGUUCACUAAUCCACUCAAGUUGAACUUGCAGACUCCGGUUCCUUCUGACUUUGAAAUCUCCAGAGCUCAGGAGCCAAAGAGAAUCAACCAGGUCGCAGAGGAGGCCGGUAUUUUGGACUCUGAGUUGGAGCCAUUUGGAUUCUACAAAGCUAAAGUGUCUUUGGACAUCUUGAACCGUUUGAAGAAUAAGAUCAACGGUAAAUACGUUUUGGUGACUGGUAUCACUCCAACUCCAUUGGGUGAAGGUAAGUCUACCACCACGGUUGGUUUGGCCCAGGCUCUUGGUGCACACUUGGGUAAGAACGUCUUUGCCAACGUCAGACAGCCUUCCAUGGGCCCAACCUUUGGUAUCAAGGGUGGUGCUGCUGGUGGAGGUUACUCCCAGGUCAUUCCUAUGGACGAGUUCAACAUGCACGUCACUGGAGACAUCCAUGCCAUCUCCAUGGCUAACAAUUUGUUGGCUGCUGCCAUUGACACCAGAAUCUUCCAUGAGAACACUCAGAAGGAUGCUGCCUUGUACAAGCGUUUGGUCCCAUCGAAGAAGGGUGUCAGAAAGUUCCCAGUUGCCUUCUUGAAGAGAUUAGAGAAGUUGGGCAUCAACAAGACCAACCCAGAUGACUUGACCCCAGAGGAGGUUUCCAAGUUUGUCAGAUUGGACAUUGAUCCAGAGACCAUUACCUGGAGAAGAGUUGUCGACUGUAACGAUAGAUUCCUCAGAGGUAUCACCAUUGGUGAGGCUCCAACCGAGAAGGGUAUGACCAGAAAGACUGGUUUCGACAUUUCUGUCGCAUCUGAGUGUAUGGCCAUCUUGGCUCUCGCCACCUCUUUGGAGGAUAUGAGAGAAAGAUUGGGUAAGAUGGUUGUUGCCGCUUCCCGCUCUGGUGAACCAGUCACCUGUGAGGACAUUGGGUGUGCCGGUGCCUUGACUGCUUUGUUGAAGGACGCCAUCAAGCCAAACAUCAUGCAGACCUUGGAGGGAACCCCAGUGUUUGUCCACGCUGGCCCAUUUGCCAACAUUUCCAUUGGCGCUUCUUCCGUCUUGGCUGACAAGAUGGCUUUGAAGUUGGCCGGUACUUCUCCAGACUUGUCUGAGGAGGAGAGAAAGCAGCAGGAGGGUUACGUUGUGACUGAGGCUGGUUUCGAUUUCACCAUGGGUGGAGAGAGAUUCAUGAACAUCAAGUGCAGAGCUUCUGGCUUGGCUCCAGAUGUCAUUGUCAUUGUGGCCACCGUUCGUGCCUUGAAGGUUCACGGUGGAGGACCAGAUGUUAAGGCUGGUGCCCCAUUGGCUCCAGAAUACACACAGGAGAACGUUGAUUUGUUGAGAGCUGGAUGCUCCAACUUGGGUAAGCACAUCGCUAACGCCAAGCGUUACGGUUUGCCAGUGGUUGUUGCCAUCAACAAGAUGUCUUCCGACACUGACAACGAGCACCAGGUGAUUCGUGAGGAAGCCUUGAAGGCUGGUGCAGCCGACGCCAUUGUGUCCAACCACUGGGAAGAGGGUGGAAAGGGUGCAAUUGACUUGGCUGAGGGAGUUAUCAACGCUGCCAACUCCAUCGACAACGACUUCCAGUUCUUGUACGACACUGCUCCAUCUGUGGAGGAGAAGAUCAACACAAUUGCCAAGGAAAUGUACGGAGCAGGAGAGGUUGAAUUCUUGCCAGAGGCCCAGAAGAAGAUUGACCUUUACACUAAGCAAGGAUUUGGCAACUUGCCAAUCUGUAUUGCCAAGACUCAGUACUCUUUGUCUCACGAUGCCAACUUGAAGGGUGUACCAUCUGGGUUCACUUUCCCUAUUAGAGACGUUAGAGCCUCUAUUGGUGCCGGGUACUUGUAUGCCUUGGCUGCCGAGAUCCAGACCAUUCCAGGCUUGCCAACUCACUGUGGUUUCAUGAAUGUUGAAGUCAAUGAGAACGGCGAGAUUGACGGAUUGUUCUAA